ACUGACUGUAUUUUACUUCUUAAGUGAGAUGUGAGUCGAAUAAAUAGAACCAAGUUCAUCUCAACAAUCUCGAAGUUAAUUAUUACAAAAUGGAGGAAACUAUACAGGGAAAUCUCCGCAAGACGGCAUCGGCAUCGAUGUGGCAACAACGAAACAAUCGCCCCGAGCGUAAUUUCGACCAAGAAACCGAAGCUCGUGCAAUUCAUCAAAAUUUCAUCUGCGAUUCAAUGGUCGGUUAAGCGAGACCGAUGGGGUCGUCUACAGGGUGCCGCCGACAACGUGGCAAGCGCAAAACAGUUUAGGUCAAUAACGAUGAUUCCGAUGAUUAUCUUCACCCCGUGGAACUCCUUACGUGGCCACGGAGCGAAAGGAAGACGGAGGAAUGAAACGGGAGAGUACCGACGAGACGCGGACGUGUGUGUGACCCCCUUUGUGUGCAGACGAUGCAGCGGCCCAGUGUAAUAGGAGUUAAUCGAAAAAAGUCGUAAGAGGAGACUUUCUUGGCAAAGUGUGUAACAUCAGCCAAAAUGAGCACGAUUGCGGAACAACCUUGCUAUACUUUGAUAAACAUUCCAAUCGAUACGGAGCCAUUGAAUGAGCUCCAGCUUAAGCAAGAUCUUGAAAAAGGGGAUGUGCAGACAAAGAUCGAUGCCCUUAAGAAAACAAUUCACAUGAUCCUCAGUGGGGAACGGCUGCCAGGACUUCUGAUGACUAUUAUCAGAUUUGUCCUGCCGCUGCAGGAUCAUACUAUUAAGAAGCUUCUAUUAAUAUUCUGGGAAAUAGUUCCAAAGACCUCUACGGAUGGCAAGUUGCUUCAGGAAAUGAUUUUAGUCUGCGAUGCUUACAGAAAGGACUUACAGCAUCCGAAUGAGUUUGUCAGAGGUUCAACUCUUAGAUUUUUGUGUAAAUUGAAGGAACCCGAACUUUUGGAACCGCUAAUGCCAGCAAUAAUUGCCUGCCUGGAGCACAGACACUCUUACGUUAGACGCAACGCCGUUCUCGCUAUUUUCACAAUAUACAGAAACUUCGAGUUUCUCAUACCAGAUGCUCCCGAAUUAAUCGCGAAAUAUUUGGAGGGUGAACAGGACAUGUCGUGCAGGAGAAAUGCAUUUUUGAUGCUGUUGCACGCAGAUCAAAGCACAGCAUUGUCAUAUUUAGGCUCUUGUUUGGAUCAAGUGCCCAACUUUGGCGACAUACUGCAGUUGGUUAUCGUUGAACUAAUUUACAAAGUGUGCCUCGCAAAUCCAUCGGAAAGGGGACGUUUCAUCAGAUGUAUUUAUAGCUUGUUGAAUUCGCCGAGCGCUGCGGUUCGUUACGAAGCGGCUGGCACUUUGGUGACGCUCACCAGCGCUCCUACAGCUAUCAAGGCUGCAGCCUCUUGCUACAUUGAAUUGGUUGUUAAAGAAAGCGACAAUAACGUCAAACUGAUCGUGUUAGAUCGUUUGAUCGCAAUGAAAGAUAGCCCCGUCUAUGAAAGAGUCCUCCAGGACUUGGUCAUGGAUGUACUUAGAGUCUUGGGUUCGCCAGCGUUAGAAGUCAGAACUAAAACGUUGGCUCUGGCUAUGGACUUGGUAACCACACGCACGAUCGAAGAAAUGGUUCAACUUCUGAAGAAAGAAGUGCUCAGAACGGCUGGUGGUGAACACGAAGAUGCGGGUAGAUAUCGACAGCUUCUUGUGCGGACGUUGCACGCCUGCUCUAUUAAAUUCUCAGACGUCGCCGCUACCGUGAUUCCCGUACUGACGGAUUUCCUGUCAGAGAAUAACGAAGCCGCAGCUACAGACGUCCUGGUCUUUGUUCGCGAAGCGAUCCAACGUUUCGAAAACCUCAGACCGCUGAUCGUUGAAAAGCUUCUCGAAGUUUUCCCACAUAUCAGAUCCGUGAAAGUACACAGAGCAGCAUUGUGGAUUCUUGGCGAGUACGCGACGUCUAAGGAAGACAUAGAGGCUGUGAUGAGUCGCAUACGGGCUGCCUUGGGUGAAUUACCGUUGCUCGAAGCGGAGAACAAACGCCAGGCUGGUGAAAAGACGCUGGAAGAUGGAAGUACUCAAGUUGCACCGGCACAGUUGGUCACAUCGGAUGGAACAUACGCUACUCAAAGCGCAUUCAGUACAGCGUCGUCGCGGAAGAAAGAAGAGAAACGUCCAGCAUUGGUUCAGUACAUGAUGGAGGGCGAUUUCUUCAUUGGCGCCUCUUUAGCGACAACUUUAGCUAAAUUAGCGCUUCGUUACAAGGGUCUCGAAAGCGACCCCCAAAAGAGCAAUCGUAUGCAAGCGGAGGCGAUGCUGGUGAUGUCCAGCGUGUUACAGUUAGGUCGCUCGGGUCUUCCCACGAAGGCGAUGACGCACGACGACGCUGAACGAUUAUCCUUGUGUCUGAGGGCCUUGGCUUGCCCGACGCCGCUCGUUCAAAAGGUGUUCACCGAGGGUUGCCGUGACGCUCUUGGUAGAAUGUUGACAGCGAAGGCCGAGGAGGACUCGCAGAACCAAAAGGCGAAGGAAAAGCCAGGCAGCAUCGUUCAGGUGGACGACGCGAUCCAGUUCCUGCAGUUGAGUCGUGGAUCAGACCCAACUGGUGGAGCGGGCGACAUGUUCGAACAAAGUCUCAGCGCGGCUGUUGCUGGAAGACCUGGUGGUGCUGGAGAUGCCCCGGCUCCUAGCGCUUUGAGCAAGGUUACGCAACUGACUGGCUUCUCGGAUCCCGUGUACGCGGAGGCUCUGGUCCACGUGAAUCAGUACGACAUCGUGCUCGACGUCUUAAUCGUCAAUCAAACCGAAGAUACUCUGCAGAACUGCACUUUAGAGCUGGCGACAAUGGGCGAUCUGAAGCUCGUGGAGAGGCCACAGCCUAUCGUCCUCGCUCCAAGAGACUUCGCGAGCAUCAAAGCCAACGUAAAGGUGGCGUCCACGGAAAAUGGCAUAAUAUUCGGGAAUAUAGUAUACGAUGUGUCUGGAGCUGGAUCCGACAGAAGCGUCGUUGUGUUGAACGACAUACCCAUAGAUAUCAUGGAUUACAUAGUACCAGCGACGUGCACCGACGCCGAGUUCCGACAAAUGUGGGCGGAAUUCGAGUGGGAGAACAAGGUGUCUGUACAUACGACAUUGUCAGAUCUGAGGGAGUAUCUCGCGCAUUUAUUGAAGUCCACGAACAUGAGAUGUCUAACGCCGGAGAAGGCUCUUUCUGGUCAGUGUGGGUUCAUGGCUGCGAACAUGUACGCGAAAUCAAUAUUUGGGGAGGACGCAUUAGCGAAUAUGUCUAUCGAAAAACCAUUGAAUAAACCAUACGCACCGGUGGUCGGUCACAUUCGCAUCAGAGCGAAGAGCCAAGGAAUGGCGUUGUCGUUAGGAGAUAAAAUUAAUGCCACGCAAAAAGGUCCACAGAGUAAAGUUGUGCAGGCUGCUUAAAGCACAGUAGUUUUUAAUCUAUCCCUCCCUCCCUUUCCCUCUCAAACACAGUAUCCAAAUUGUUUCGCUAAAAACGUGCCCAAUUGGAUUCCAAUCUGAUCAACGCUACGAAUGGCGCACUUCAGUUCUCCUUCUCAAUUCCACCAUUCUAAUCUCCCGCAUUAGAUACCGAGUGCGACGCGCCAUUUUGUCUCUUUCUUUUUUUUCUUUCGUGUACCGUCAACGCCGAACGACGAUACCUAUGUAUCCGUAAAUGAAGAAAAUAUAGUACAUACGAUACUUUAGCUAUAAGCCUGUAUUUUAUUUAAUUAAAACUGAUUUUUCUGAUAAAUAUUUUUUAAGGAAUAAAGAAUCAACACUGUA